AUGCUUGAAAGUUGUGGACACAGAAUAGAAUUGCAGGCUAUGAUGAAGACGUUGAGAAGAAUGUGUAGAAAAGUUAAAGCACUUUUACGACAUCUAAGCACAUAUUUUUUGAGCACAACACUUGAAAGAAGUUUUAUUGCUGUACAUGAUCCAAUACACGAAAAAGCUAUACGAAUACAUAAAGAAUCACAAGAAGAACAGCAGGAGAAAGGGACGAGGGACGAAACUAUAAUGAACAGUAAACAAAGGAAUUUUGGAUUUUUGACAUAUCUAAUUAAAUUCUUACGGAAUUCCUUCGGCCAAUCUUAUAUUUCCCGAUGGCAUAUCACCUCUAUUCAAGAAGGUUUCAAUGUGGAGAAUCUUGUCGCAAUAUUUCGUUUUUAA